GCGCGAUUAUGUGAGAACAUCCGCCAUGAUUAUGCUGACAACUCAAUGGGUGUAAUAAUAAUCUGACUAUUAUGACUAUAGAUUCUAGAUCUAUAUGAUCUAACCCAAGAUAGAAUUCCAAACUGGUUAGAUCUUUUUUUUCGAAUCCCGAAUACGCAUACGCCUGCUCACAUAUAAAAACAACAGCUUCAAUAAAAUCUUAUAGAGUACCUACUAAACGUAGAUUGUCGUUGCUGUGCUAGCUCAAUCCAGUGUUGAUGAGAGUUGAGUCAAUGAGUGACUCGAUACUCAAGUCAAGAAAGAUUGAGCACCCCCCAAUAGAGUCUAAAACUACUUCAGAACGUGUUGGUUUUCCAGUUUAUAAACAUUUCUUCUCAUGGCUCAUCUGGUUGCUCCUGCUUAAGAACUAAGCAGAGAUUCAACAAAUUUCUCACAGUUGCUAUCUUAAAGGGAAACUCCGAUGGUUUUUCAAAUACAAUGCACAUCAAGAUUUGAGGACAACACCCAACUAAGAUGGCUGAUCCUAAACCAGAGAGGAAAAAGAUUGAGGAGAUUGGCAAGAUGACAGCCCUCAACCAAGAUGAGAUUGUCAGUAAUACAAAAACUGUCAUUCAAGGCCUAGACACAUUGAAGAAUGAUUACCAACAGAUUCUGAAUACACUUUUAAAUUCUAUAAAAACCAUCAAACGUGAAAAUGGUGAUACUAACCUAGUGGAAGAAAAGACUAAUAUAUUACAAAGGUCCUUGGAGACUAUAGAACUGGGCCUUGGAGAAGGACAGGUUAUGAUGGAUCUGUCCAAUUACCUUCAGAAGAUUGAAGCAGAAAAACAGAAACUCAGAGCUCAAGUACGUAGACUGUGUCAAGAAAAUGGUUGGCUUAGAGACGAGCUGGCUACAACACAGCAGAAACUUCAGGUCAGUGAACAAAGGGUUGCCACGCUGGAAGAAGAGAAGAAACAUUUAGAAUUUAUGAAUGAAAUGAAAAAAUUUGAUGAUUCAGAUGGACAUUCUAGUGUGCCAAACGAAGAAAAAGAAAGUGAAGCUCCGUCACAGUUAGAUGAUCUUGGAUUUAAUGAUCCUGAUGAUGACCAAUCCCCAGAAGUGCUUUCCCCAUCUCAACCUAGUGCAAUGGCUCAUGCAGCAAGCGGAGGCUACGAAAUUCCAGCCCGUCUCCGCACCUUACAUAAUCUAGUUAUACAGUAUGCCUCCCAAGGCCGUUACGAGGUGGCUGUACCUUUGUGUAAGCAGGCCCUGGAAGAUCUUGAGAAAACAUCUGGUCACGACCACCCUGAUGUGGCCACCAUGCUGAAUAUCCUUGCUCUUGUGUACAGGGACCAAGGAAAAUACAAGGAAGCAGCCAAUCUGCUGAAUGAUGCCCUAAAUAUCCGCGAGAAGACCUUGGGGCCUGACCACCCAGCUGUUGCAGCCACACUGAACAACUUGGCAGUUUUAUAUGGGAAACGUGGCAAAUACAAAGAAGCCGAACCUUUAUGCAAACGUGCUCUUGAGAUAAGAGAAAAGGUUUUAGGCAAAGAUCAUCCAGAUGUAGCCAAACAAUUAAAUAAUUUGGCUUUGUUAUGCCAAAAUCAGGGGAAAUAUGAAGAAGUAGAGCAGUACUACCAGAGAGCUUUGGAAAUCUAUGAAGGGAAACUGGGGCCUGACGACCCCAAUGUAGCUAAAACUAAAAACAAUUUGGCAUCAGCCUAUUUAAAACAAGGGAAAUAUAAGCAAGCUGAAGUUCUCUACAAAGAAGUACUAACAAGAGCACAUGAAAAGGAAUUUGGAAAAGUUGAAGGUGAAAACAAAACCAUUUGGAUGCGAGCAGAGGAAAGAGAAGAAAAUAAGGGCAAGAAUAAAGAUAAAGAAGGUGGACCUCCAUUACCAGAGUAUGGCGGCUGGCAUAAAAAUAUUAAAGUUGACAGCCCAACAGUAACCACAACCUUAAAAAAUCUUGGUGCUCUGUAUAGAAGACAAGGCAAAUAUGAAGCUGCAGAAACACUGGAGGAAUGUGCAAUGAAGUCUAAGAAAAAUAUAUUGCCAGCAGGUGGGAGGAUCAGCAAAAUCACACCAGAUUUGAGCUUUACCGAGACCCCACCUGCCCUUAACCGUGGCCGUGUGACAGCCCGGCAUCCUAACGAUCCCAACGAUAAUGAGGAUGUGAGUAGUGGAAUAUGGCAGGGGGACGGGAGUGGAAGGAUGAGGCGGAGCGGCUCUUUCACCAAAUUGAGGGCAUCUUUGAAGCGUAGCAGUGCUAAACUAGUACAGAAACUAAAAGGGAAAGGCCCUGAAGGGGAUACUGGAGGAAGUCUUAAUUGGCAUGUUCGAAAUGUAUACUAUUCUUCUGAAAGCAUGAAAAGAGCAAGCUCCUUGUCAGUUCUCAACAUAAUAAGCAGUAAUGAUGACAAGUUACAUGAAAGUCGCAGGUCGGUGGGAGAUUUGAGUGUACAAAGUAGUGGAGACCUUAGUGUACGGGGCAGGACAGUCAGUACAGAACAACUCUCAUCAAGAUUAGUUUAGCCAUCUUCUUGUUUAAAUUAUUCUUUGUAUUUAGUUGCUGUAUGUAUUUUUAGUGUUGUGUACAUGAUGAAUCAAUUCUACAUUUGAAGCACUUCAAUAACAAAUAUAAUAAAUAACAACCAUACAUAUAUUUCCUAUAGUCCACAUAGCCAGUGUAUUAAGUUUUAGUUUUAACAAACUUUCUCUUCAUUACAUUUAACAGUUGGCUAGGAAACAAGGUUAUCAUACAACUAACAUAAUAGACCUGUAAUACCAUACAUCUAUCCACAACUAUAUCUUUCUUGCAAUGCCUUAGAUCAGUUAAGGGCUAGAAGGGAAUGUUUACAAAACUCUCUAAAGUUUGUUUGCAGCUUUCGAUUAUUUAUCACUUGAUAGUUUUGCUACAAAAUUUCACUGAGUGUCUAGAUUGAAACGAUGUCUUGUUAUGACUGUGGUUGAAAGAAAGAAGUCUGUUGACAUUCAAUCACUUCUCAUGUUGGUGUCUCAACGUACUGAGUGAUCUCCCCGUAUACAACCAAUGGUCUUUCAUCUGCUGGUUUGGACUAUCUGGACAUGAGCUGUACUGUCUACACUAGAUAGAACAUGAGCUGUACCGUCUACACUAGACUGGACAUGAGUGUACUUUCUACACUUAACACAAUGUAACUUACACUUGACCUCAUAGGCUGAUUUAUUUCCUCAAGUAUUUAGGACUCUUGGUCUGUUUCCGUAAGUUUUAGUAUCUAAUUUUUCUUUGGUGCUUGUAUUUCACUCUUGGCAAAGCCAUGUCUCUGCAUCUAAGUGUAUCACUUGUUUAGUCCACUCUUUACACACCAAAGUUUCGCCCAGUUUCGGAAGAGUGAACUCCCAAGUCCUACCUGCACUGGAGAUUAGUUUUGCUAUGAGAAAUGUUGUAUUUAUUUUAAGUGUCGCCAAUCUGAUUUGUUGGACCAUUUGGUAAAGAAAAUAAUUUGAAAAUUGUACUGUGUAUUUCACAUGAACACUUUUAUUGAUUUGGAUGGAAGACUGAUUAGUUUCUAAGCACUAACCUAUGUACAACUGUUAUAUCAAUGUUUGAUGGCUGUGAUUAGGUGUUGUUGUUUUUUUAGAUCUUAAGGGAGAAAAUGCAGUGGGGAGGGGGGACUUAUUAGAUUAAUUCUCCUCAUAGCCAACCAGAUUGCAUUUGUGUUUGGGUAGGGAAUGAUGAAGGAGGUGGGAAAUGAUACAUUCAAAGAUUCAAUGUUUUUUUUUUAAAUUUUCAGUGUUUUUUUUUUUUUUUUGAAUUGGCUUAUCAAUAUGUGUGUGCUAUGCAUUUGCCUUUGCUCCAAGUCUAGGUCCAUUGUACUUAAACCGAACAGUUCUAAGUUGUUCAAGACUAUCAUUUUAUUUGAUUCUAGUUUAGCUUAGUUCAUCCUGUGUCUAUGAGUGGCCUUAUUCUGGGAGGGGCAAUCUUUUCAUUUGCCUAUACAUUCUAAAUUCAGACAAUAACUAAGAGACUGCUUCUAUCAGCAUGCAAUAUUUCUCUCAUUGCCAUUUCACCAUUACCUGCAGUCAUCUCACUCACCAACCGAUACUUUAAAUGUUGGGGAGUACCUUGCAGUAGCUACACUGGUCUAUCACUUCAUGCUUGUUCUAGUUGUUCAAAUGUUUACAGCGUAUUGUAUGAAUGGUUAUGCUACAUUUUGCUUUCAAAAAUGUCGACAUUUGUAGUUUAAAAAACUGAAUUGACCAUACCAUAAAUGGGCAUCAUUUAAGAUAUUUAUUAGACUGUAUUUAAGUUUUGGAGAUAUGUAAUUGUAAUUUAUGAAAUAGUCAGUGCUUGCACAAGCCUGCAAUUGUCAAAGUUUCUAUUUCCCAAAUGCUUUUCCCCCCUAUGAUUUGGGUUCAUGUACAGUGGAAACUCUUUUGUUGAAUCCUGAUCAUUUUGAAUAAAUUUGGUCCAUUUAGAAAUG